UCGCCGCUCCGGCCGCCAUCGCCCCGCCAGCGAUGCCGGCCGCUCCGGGGCGGGCUCGGCGUUUCGCCACACCCCACACGCCCCCCGGGAACAUACCGGCGGCCGGCCCGGGGCUCCUGGGCCUGUGCGCUGGGAGCACCUCACCCCCGCCCGGGCUCCCCCCGGCAGCUGCUCCCACCCCCUCGGCCUCCCGCCUUCUCCUCCCCUUCCCCUCCCGGUCCCUCCUCCCCGCCGGCGCCCGCCGUGCCCGCCUCGCUCCCCGCCUCGGCUGAGGGGCGGCUGCCGCUGCUGCUGCUGGCGGCGGCGGCGGCUCCGGGAAGAUGUCCGAGCGCGGCGGCUUCUACCGGCAGGAGCUGAACAAGACGGUGUGGGAGGUGCCCCAGCGCUACCAGAACCUCACCCCCGUGGGCUCCGGCGCCUACGGCUCCGUCUGUUCAGCUUAUGAUACCAAAACAAGACAGAAGGUGGCAGUGAAAAAGCUCUCAAGACCUUUUCAAUCACUUAUCCAUGCGAGGAGGACCUACCGAGAGCUUCGGUUGCUUAAGCACAUGAAGCAUGAGAAUGUUAUAGGAUUGCUAGAUGUUUUUACACCUGCAACAUCAAUAGAAAAUUUUAAUGAAGUGUAUCUUGUGACAAAUUUAAUGGGUGCUGACCUAAAUAACAUUGUGAAGUGCCAGAAGUUAACGGAUGAUCAUAUACAAUUUCUCAUAUAUCAGUUACUUCGAGGUCUUAAGUAUAUUCAUUCAGCUGGAAUCAUCCACCGGGACCUGAAGCCCAGCAACCUAGCGGUAAAUGAAGACUGUGAAUUGAGGAUUUUAGACUUUGGCUUAGCUCGACAAACCGAUGAUGAAAUGACUGGAUAUGUUGCAACAAGAUGGUACAGAGCUCCAGAAAUUAUGUUAAACUGGAUGCACUACAAUCAAACAGUUGACAUCUGGUCAGUUGGAUGCAUCAUGGCAGAGCUAUUGAAAGGGAAGGCUCUGUUUCCAGGAGAUGAUUAUAUUGAUCAACUAAAGAGAAUAAUGGAAGUUGUGGGCACACCCAGCCCUGAACUUCUGAAGAAGAUAUCAUCAGAACACGCAAGAAAAUACAUUGAAUCUCUUCCACAUAUGCCUCAACAGGAUUUGAAAGCAGUAUUCCGUGGGGCAAACCCACUAGCUGUAGAUCUUCUUGAGAAGAUGCUUAUACUAGACAGCGAUAAAAGAAUUACUGCGUCAGAUGCACUUGCACAUCCAUAUUUUGUACAGUAUCAUGACCCAGACGAUGAACCUGAAGCCGAGCUGUAUGACGAGUCAAUAGAGAAUAAGGAGCGAACCAUAGAUGAAUGGAAAGAACUUACCUAUGAAGAAGUGAUCAGCUUUAAACCCCCCGACUUGAAAAUGGAUAGCCUGGAGAUAGAACAGUGAACACGGGCAGCUCUGUCUUGCUUUGCUGCACUAUGAAGACUGUUAAAAUAUAACUGUACAAUUUAACCUGUGGUCAGAUGUAGAUUUUACUAUCCAAAGAUUCUGGAGAUGUGGCAGAGCAGAUGUGUUAUACAGGAGCCAGAUGUUGUCUGUUUGUGGUGGGGGUUUAUUUGCCUUGUAGUAUGAAUAUAUUCCCAACUCACAAAGGGUGAUGAACUGCUUCAUUCUGGCAAAAUUAUGCACUGAGUUCCGUUGCGCUGUGUGUUCUGCAUGUUUCAUUUUAUCAGUUGUAUUGCCAAAAUAAAGAUGACUUUUUAAUUAAUUUUUAAAUUGUACAUUUAAAGCAUGAAUGUGUACAAACAUAAACAUAGAAGUCCAUACAAGCAAUCAGUUUUUUUCCUGGCAUUUUAUCUGUUCAUUUUCAUAUUAUUUAUAGCUAGUGCCUUUAUGAAGAGAGGGCGUGGUAGUGAGAUAGACAGAAUAUGCAUAUGUAGUCAUAUCUGUGGUGGUCUUACAAAUUUACUGGAUGUCUCUCAAUCGAUCUUAACAUCAGUUAAAAGUCAGUAAAAAUAAAUCUUUGUCUUCUGUUGCCAUUUUAAGCGUCUGUUCUCAUUAUUUUCCCUGUGUAUAUUUUUUUUAAUCUGUACAGUGCCAGGUUGUGAGACCGUUUUAGUUCCCAAUGGUUCUCCUGACCACGCCAUCAGCCGAGUGCUGGUGAAUUUACCCUGAAGGCACCGUGGCAGAUCUCUGCAGCCUCCCACAAGCUUCAGCAAACACAGUGACUGAUGACAGCGCAAGAGUGUUCAGUUCACAGCCUUGAAUUCAAUAUUCCUUAUUGUCUUAUUUUCCUUCACAUAAUCCUUGGGAAAAUAAUCUGAUAAACUGCCAUUGGAAGACAAGACAAAACAAGAAGAGUUAAGUAUUUGUUUGUGAAUAAAGGCUUUCCAGCUCUGGAAAGUUGGAAAAUUAAAUAAUACGUUGCAGGAUACAGUGGAUAUCCGAAUGUCUCAAAGAAUUUAAUUUAUCUCCUUUCACCACUGAAGGCAUAAUACUGAAACAGGAACACCCUUUGGCAUGAGGCCCUUUGUGUACUGGCUGUGUCUGUCUAUGUACUUGUGGUUCACAGUUGUUCAUUGUUGUCCAUUUUUGUGUCUCGUUCUCACUCUGUCAGAGUCUCAUUUUGGAGGUUGGCUUUUUAUAUUAUUUAGGUUUUCUGCAACUUUUGUCAUUAGGAUCAAUUGUACAGCUAUUACAUGAGGUAAUGAAUUCUACUGCAUUUAUCUACCUUCCUCUGUAUCUUUUCUAUGUAAAAAGAGCAGCUUUUUCUUAAUAAACAGAUUUAGAAAAA